AUGAGUACCGACAGCAACCAAAAUAAUCCCAAACGCGCUCCCUACGUCGUGCGCGAGACUCCAGUACCACUCCCCUCAUACGCUGAUAAUAGCAGCACAAUGUCGUCUUCAGGCCGGCAACUUAGGAGUCGACGGCCAGCUCCUCCUCCACCCUCGGAGCCGCCUUCGAAGAAACGAAAAGCUACAUCAUCCCGAGCUGCUCCCGAGCCUCCCCAGGAAACAGUCCAACCCGUGUCACCACCCCUGCCACAGGAGGAUGAAGGACAACCAAAAGCUACCCCCAAGCAAAUGCCAAUUCUAAGACCCCCUACCCAAACGGGUGGUACAUCGCCGCCACAGCACCCCGACGACAUCUACCGUAUGCCACCUCUCCCACCCUACCUCUCCGUUCAGCCGCGCAUCUGUGAGCCGGCCGACAACUACCGGGGCUGGACCACCCCCUUAGAAUUCAGCUACAAGAUGAACGUGCACCCGCUCACCUUCUACGGCUCCUUCGACAUCUGGUUCGAGCAGGUCCAAAAGAUGGCCGAAGCUAGCAACUGUUCAAUAGAGCUGAAUACGCGCAUCGGCAAGUUUCCCGACCCGGGCACCGUCGAGGCCUUUAUCUGCCAGAUGCGCUUCCUGAGCUGCUGGCGGAUCCUACACGGCACCAUCUCGGGCGCCUACUGGGCCUACAUGCGCGUGCUGGGCUACAGCCGGAUCCCAGUGUUUACGGGCGCGCCUGACGGGGGCAGUGGCGAGCAAUCCGGCGCGUGUCAGUGGCAGCCUCAGCCGAGCGACUGCGUCUACUUUGCCUUGGAGGUCAAGAAGCGCGUGACGGUGCCGAAUUCGGAGCAGCAGCCGCGGUACCAGACCAUGAGGAUGGUGGAGGAGGUGCGGUCGGCCAAAGUGACGGACUACCCGAGCGUUCAGCAGUACAAGGAGGGCAUGGCGUGGCUGAAGGAGGUGUUGAAUGGCAUGAUCCUCAAGGGCGACAGGCAGGUAUGCGAGUCCAUGUAUGAUCGGAAGCCGGACUGGGCGCCAGAGUGGCCGGAAGUGCCAGCGGGCGGCGAGGUGGAACCUCCUUGGGCACUUAAAGGAAGCCCGUUACGAGCGGAGGAUGCGUUCAGCGGUUCCAAUGGAUCAGCGGGAGUAGUAAGCAUUUCGAAAAACGCCGGCCACAUCGGGCAACAACAUCAACCUCAACAAGCACAAUCAAACUUUCAAAUUGACCCAAGACUUCAAGCAGGCCCUCCAGACCACCACCACCAACAACAACCAAACAACCACGCAAUAGCCCGUCUAGCACCAAUGAGCGCCUCUUCCAGUGACGGCGGCUACAGCUACGGCGGCGACGGAUCAGUAGACUUUGCCAACAGCAGCAACAACCUAAUCUUCAUGGACGGCACAACCGCCAGUGCAGUCGCCGUCGCUGCCGCUGAAGCGCACGGCCUAGGCGUAGGCGGUCCGAGCAGAACCCUGCAGCAGCAGGAAAACCACGAUAGCAACAACCAACAAUAAUGUGAAGAGCGAUUUCAGCUAGUA